CUUCUGUCGUCGAUCGUCACGCUAAUAUAAUCUCCUUCGUCUUCCAGUCCAGUAAUCCAGUUUAAGAGUUUCCAGCUUGGAGGCAAUCAGUGUCGACUGUUGAGCUUAAUACUUGAAUUCCAGAUGUCAAACGAACUCCCGAGUUCCGCUGUCAUUUUUCUAGCUUUGUUCGGUCUUUUCUAUGCAUCUUUUGAUGUUUUAGUUGAAGGGAGGAUUCUAGGGCUCAAGUCGAACUCGGAACCAGAUGAUUCUCUUGUUUAUUUGUGGCCUCUGCCUUCACAAUUCAGCCAUGGCGAAGCUACCAUCUCCGUUGAUCCCGGUCUUUCGCUCGACCUCGGAGGUAAUGGCGGAGACUCAUCCAUUGUCCGAGAGGCGUUUCAGAGAUAUAGAGAGAUUAUUUUUAAGCACAGCUCUGGAGAGAAAGCUGAUUAUGAUCUUAACAAGAUUAAAAUUCUUGUAAAGUCGGACAAUGAAACGCUUCAUCUGGGUGUGGACGAGAGCUAUUCUCUUUAUGUAGCCAAACAAAGCGAUCUUUCAAUUUUUGGUGAUGCCACAAUUGAGGCAAAUACUGUUUAUGGGGCAUUGCGCGGGUUAGAGACAUUUAGCCAACUAUGUAGUUUCAACUAUGGAACUAAAAGUGUAGAAGUACACAAGGCACCUUGGUUAAUACAAGAUGAACCAAGAUUUGUAUUUCGUGGGCUUCUUCUUGAUACCUCAAGGCACUAUCUACCUAUUGGUAUAAUCAAACAAGUAAUUGAGUCAAUGUCUUAUGCUAAACUUAAUGUUCUUCAUUGGCACAUCAUAGACGAACAGUCAUUUCCUCUGGAAAUACCUUCUUAUCCAAAUUUGUGGAAAGGUGCAUAUUCAAAGUGGGAGCGAUACACUGUUGAGGAUGCUCUUGAAAUUGUCGAGUUUGCAAAAAUGCGAGGGAUCAAUAUUAUGGCAGAGAUAGAUGUCCCUGGUCAUGGAGAUUCAUGGGGUGCUGGAUAUUCUGAUCUUUGGCCAUCUCCUACCUGCCAUGAGCCACUGGAUGUCUCAAAUAAUUUCACAUUUGAUGUGAUUUCCGGAAUUUUGACAGAUAUGAGGAAAAUUUUUCCGUUUGAGCUCUUCCACUUGGGAGGCGAUGAGGUUAAUACAGAUUGUUGGAGCUUAACCCCACAUGUGAAGCAGUGGCUUCAAACGCACAACAUGACUGCCAAAGAUGCGUAUCAAUACUUUGUCCUGAGAACUCAAGGGUUAGCAAUUGCAAAAAAUUGGACCCCUGUCAACUGGGAAGAAACAUUCAACACAUUCCAGGCAAACCUUCAUCCCCAGACAGUGGUGCAUAACUGGUUGGGCCCGGGAGUCUGUCCACGGGCUGUUGCGAAAGGUUUCAGAUGCAUUUUCAGUAACCAAGGUGUAUGGUAUCUUGAUCAUCUGGAUAUCCCUUGGGAGGGUUUUUAUACCAGUGAACCACUAGAAGGAAUAGAUGAUGCUUCAGCGCAAAAACUUGUGCUUGGUGGAGAAGUGUGCAUGUGGGGCGAGGCAGCUGACUCCUCGGACGUUCAGCAGACAAUUUGGCCUCGUGCUGCAGCAGCUGCAGAGCGCUUGUGGAGCAGAAGGGAGGUCAUCUCUGCAGGAAAUUUAAAUGGAACAGUGUUACCAAGAUUGCAAUACUUCAGAUGCUUGCUGAAUAGACGUGAUAUUCCAGCAGCACCAGUCAAAAAUACCUUGGCACGGAGACCUCCAUUCGGUCCUGGUUCAUGCUAUGAGCAGUAACACCCUAAUGCAUUUUAGUUUGGUGGUUUGGAACUUGCCUUGGUUUCAAUAAAAGAGAGAUGAAGGCGAUAGUCGGUGGGAAAAAUCUUGGCUUAUUAUUCUUCCUGGGUGGGGAGGAAUAUGCAUCGAUAGAGAUAUGUUUGCGGUUGAAGCUGAUCUCAUGGCAUAUCUGAUAAGUUGUGUAGUAGCUGGGAAAGGGAAAUUGGCCGAGGAGAAUGUGGAGGAAGAAGAUGGGUUCUUCAAAUAGUUGUAGUGGGAGCUACUGCAUAUCCAUAAACCCCGUCUGCCGUUGUGUCAACUGUACUUACUACUAGUCUUUGUUAAUGGCAUUGGAAUUUGUCUAUGGACUCAAUACCAUAAUCUCUCUCUCUCUUGCUGGAGAUAGCUGGACAAUUUCCAUCCCAAAUACUUGUCACUUCAUAUGCUUGAAACCUAGAGCAUUAGAAAUUGAAUAUUUAAAGGCUUCAGAGCAGUUGCUAAAAUAAAUAGAGCUUUUCUCAA